UGGAGACCAGUGGGGACGUGGAAAUCUGUCUUGAGUCCGUAGCCGGGACCCGGUAGCCUCCUUCUUGUGUUUUUACAGCCGUUAAUCCCGAAGCAGAAGCGAAAGGAGGAACUCGUUCGGGCGGAGCAGUGUGUUAGUGUGUGUCACCUAUUUUAUGUGUGUGUUCAUGUGAGAAGGAGCAAAGAAAGGGAAGGAUGAAACUCAAAGAGAUCAACCGCACAGCCAUCCAGAGCUGGAGCCCUGCACAGCACCACCCCAUCUACCUAGCAACAGGAACAUCAGCCCAGCAGCUGGACGCCUCCUUCAGCACCAAUGCCUCCCUGGAGUUUUUUGAGCUGGACUUGACGGAGCCGUCUCUGGACAUGAAGUCAUGUGGCAGCCUCUCCUCCUCUCACAGAUACCACAAACUGGUGUGGGGUCCCUUUGGGAUGGAUUCCCAGGGUCACCCAUCUGGGGUCCUGGUCGCAGGAGGGGAGAACGGCAACGUCAUCCUGUACGACCCUGCAAAGAUCAUGGCGGGAGAGACCAACGUGAUCAUUGCUGAGAGCGACAAACACACGGGGCCUGUGAGAGCGCUCGAUGUCAACCCGUUCCAGACGAACCUGGUUGCAUCAGGUGGGAAUGAGUCUGAAAUCUAUAUCUGGGACAUGAAUAACUUUGGCUCUCCAAUGACACCAGGACCUAAAACUCAGCCUCUGGAGGACAUCAGCUGUGUGUCGUGGAACAGACAGGUCCAACACAUCCUGGCCUCCGCCAGCCCGAGUGGCAGAGCCUCAGUGUGGGACCUCCGCAAGAAUGACCUCAUUAUUAAAGUCAGCGACCACAGCAACAGAAUGCACUGCUCCGGGCUGGCUUGGAACCCAGAGGUGGCCACUCAGCUGGUCAUUUCCUCAGAGGACGACCGGAUGCCAGUCAUCCAGAUGUGGGAUUUACGUUUUGCUACCUCUCCUCUCAAGAUUUUAGAGAACCACACACGGGGUAUCCUGGCCAUCGCCUGGAGCUUGGCUGACCCCGAGCUGCUCCUGAGCUGCGGGAAGGACAACCGGAUCCUGUGCUGGAAUCCAAACACAGCGGAGGUGCUGUACGAGUUGCCCACCAGCAGUCAGUGGUGCUUUGACAUCCAGUGGUGCCCCAGGAACCCUGCGGUGCUGUCGGCCGCCAGCUUUGAUGGACACAUCGACAUCUAUUCCAUCAUGGGAGGAACGAACCAGGCGCAGAGCCAGAGACACGCUGACCAGAUUAGCAACUCGUUUGGGAACUUGGAUCCUUUUGGGACGGGACAAACUUUACCCCCACUGCAGCUGCCGCAGACUCCCGCCCCACCAGCUACAGUCAACCCCCUGAAGAAGCCCCCCAAGUGGAUCCGCAGGCCUGUCGGAGCCUCGUUUGCUUUCGGUGGGAAGCUGUUAUCUUUGGAGAACACAAAGCUGAACCCGCAGCAGCCUCAGCAGCCCACUGCACCCGUUGUACAUAUCAGCCAGGUUGUCACAGAAACGGCCUUUCUGAAGCGCUCCGAUCAGCUGCAGGCCACGCUGAGCGCAGGCAGCUUCGUGGAUUUCUGCCAGGAAAAGAUCGAUGGAGCUGAGAAUGAAUUUGAAAAGACUCUGUGGUCUUUCCUCAAGGCUAAUUUUGAGACUGACAUCCGCAGCAAGUACCUGGAACUGCUGGGGUACAACAAAGAGGAGCUGGCCUUGAAGAUCUCAGCAGCACUAGAGGAGAAGCCUGCUGAACCUCCGCAGGUGGAGGUGCCCGCUCCAGUCACCCUGCAGCCUUUACCAGACCUCAGCUUCGUGCCGCCUGUCGCUGACACUCCAGAAGCAGCAUUCGACAUGAUCGCUGCUGCAGCCAGUGUGCCACCUGCCGACACUCCAGAGGCAGCGUUCGACAUGAUUUCUGCAGCAGCCACCUUACCACCUGUUGACAAUCCCGAGGCAGCGUUCGACAUGAUUUCUGCAGCAGCCACCUUACCACCUGUUGACAAUCCCGAGGCAGCGUUUGACAUGAUUUCUGCAGCAGCACCUGUGCUACCUGCUGACACUCCCGAGGCUGCGUUCGACAUGAUUGCUUCAGCAAAUCUUCAGCCAGCAGCCACACUUGAACUCAACUCUGCUCCUGACCCUGAGACUGAGGAAGCAGCAGCAGAAGAUCCAGAUGCAGAGGACGCUCCGACCAGCCAACCAGAAGAAAAUGUGGACGAGGUUGUCCCAGAGGAGGAAGCAGAGGAAGAGGAGAUCCCCUUGGAUGAUGAGGAGACGGCGGCUCCAAUGGAGGAGGAGCCCAGUCCUCCUGAGAUCUUGGCUCCAGUCGAGGAACCCAUCGAGGUUCCAGUUCCAGUUCUAGUUGAGGAGCUCAUUGAGGAUCUGGCUCCAGCACCAGCUCCUGCUCCGACGCCAGCCAGCGCAGACGGAGUCAACCUCAGCAUCAGUCAAGAUGUGGACGGUCUGAUCACACAGGCCCUGCUGACUGGAGAUUUCGAGGGAGCUGUGGAGCUCUGUCUCCAUGACAACCGGAUGGCAGACAGCAUCAUCCUGGCCAUCGCCGGAGGGCCCGAGCUCUUAGAGAAAACCCAGAAGAAGUAUUUUACGAAAACACACAGCAAGAUAACCAAGCUGAUCAGCGCCGUGGUGAUGAAAGACUGGCACGACAUCCUGAAGACGUGCGACCUGCAGAACUGGAGGGAGGCUCUGGCUGCUGUAGUGACCUACGCUCAGCCCGAGGAGUUCUCCUCCCUCUGUGACCUUCUCGGGGGCAGACUGGAGGCAGCAGAUGAUGCCCAACUGCAAGCCCAGGCCUGUCUGUCUUACAUCUGUGCUGGAAACGUGGAGAAACUUGUGUCGUGCUGGACCAGAGCUCAAGACGGACACUGUCCACUCUCCCUUCAGGACCUGGUGGAGAAGGUGGUGGUGCUGCGGCGUGCAGUGGAGCAGACCCAGCGCUCUGGUCCCACUGCUAUUGGCGUCCUGCUGGCUGAGAAGAUGAGCCAGUAUGCCAACCUGCUGGCCUCCCAGGGCAGUCUGUCCACCGCCAUCACCUACCUGCCUGACAACACCAACCAGGUUGCCGUACAGCAGCUCCGUGACCGUCUCAGUCGGGCUCUGGGGCAGCAGGCGACCCCAGCUCCUGCGGCUCCGGUUCAAACCCAGAGAGUUCAGCCUGCCCCGACUCCGGCUCAGCCUGCCGCCACUCUGCCCCGGCAUCCUUUCACCCCGAUGCAGCCCGCCAUGGUGCCUCAGCAGCCUACAGCUGCAGCACCUCCUGUACCCAUGCCUACACCUGCUGCCUCCGCCCCAGCACAGCCACAGUAUUACCAGCCAGUGAGGGCGACCUCCACUGUCACCUCCUGGAGUAACCAAACUCCCACAGCCCUCCCCAAUGUCCCUCCUCCUCCUCUUCAAGUAGGCAACGCCUCAGAGCAGCAGGUGGAGCCUUCAAACCCCAUGUACGGGAUGCCACCACCCUGCUCAGCUGCUCCAGCCUCCUCCGCUCCAUACAUCUCCCAUCAGUACCAGCCCUACCCCCAGGUCAACCAGUACCCACCUGGAGCUGGGGGGGCUCCUCCUAUCUAUCAUCCUCUUCAGUACUCCUCCUCUGCUGCUGCUCCUCCUCCCGCAGAGCCGCCUGGCUUUCUCUCUCAGUACACACAGCCAACAUCUCCGGUCUAUCCCGGACAGCCUCCCAUCAGCCAGUGCCUGUCCUCCUCUCCUCCCUCUCAUCCUCCUUUCUUUCCAAACGCCUCCUCCUCCUAUAACGUUCCUCUGUCCUCCGGAGCGCCUUUCCAGCAUGGCGGUCCAGGAUCUCCUGUGUCGUACAUGCCUCUUCCUCCUCCACCGAGCGGAGUCUCAGGUACACAGCUGAUCCCGGCCUCUCAGAGAACAGGGCCUCAGAACGGCUGGAACGACCCUCCAGCUCUGAACAGAAUGUCAAAGAAGAAGCCGGUUCCAAUGAACUACACCCCUCCGGCCCCCAUCACUGCUCCCAUCAUGGCUCCACUUGGUGGUGACCCUCAGGCCCAGCCGAUGCCUGCUGGGGCCCCUCAAGCCAUGGUCCAGGGCCCACAUGGUGCCCAGGUCCCCUACUCAGGCAUGCAUCAGCACCAGCAGCAGCAGCUCUCCUCUCCACCUCCACCCUUGAACCCUGCAAUGCCCAAGACCAGCAUGGAGGGCGCACCAGGAGCACCUACGGGAGAUGUUAUACAGCCUCUGCAGUCCAUCCCUGCUGAGAAGAUCAUGAAGAAGCCCAUCCCCGAUGAGCACCUGGUCUUGAAGACCACGUUCGAGGGGCUCAUCCAGAAGUGUCUGGCUGUAGCUACCGAUCCUCAAACUAAGAGGAAGCUUGAUGACGCCAACAAACGUCUGGAAGCGCUUUAUGAUAAACUCAGAGAGCAGACACUCUCUCCCGCCAUCGUCGGAGGACUUCACAACAUAGCCAGGAGUAUAGAGUCCCGCUCCUACACGGAGGGCCUCAACAUCCACACACACAUAGUCAGCAACAGCAACUUCAGCGAGACGUCAGCGUUCAUGCCCGUGCUCAAGGUGGUGCUGACACAAGCCAACAAACUCGGCGUCUGAAACUCCUCCCAGAGUUCGUGACCGGCGGACGGCGGAGAGCGAGCGCUCAGCGGUCGAGAUCUUUUCACAGGGAGCUCCAUUUUAGACUCGCAGUGCGGACGAGGAAGAAUUCUGAGAUGUACGAAAAAUCCUGCUGAAUUCUUCUUUGUGCCAUUCUCGUUUUCUGACAACUCAAACACAAGCCAUGCUAUCAGUCGCACUCAGUGGUGAAAGUAAAAUCUGGGCCCUGUGCAAACAAAGGCUGAGACGAGUUAAAUUCAACUGCAAUCUUUAAUCUAAGAACACGCGACACCAAACGUUUGUUUUUCAUCCAAACUUGUAGUCGAAUGAAUCAACAUAGGAAAAUUAAAUGAAUAUGCAGUAAUUGUAUUGAAGCAUAAUAAAAGUAAAAUCUCAGAAUUAGCUAAACAUAAGGAAGGCACAGUUUCAGUAUGUUGAAUAUGGAAUUAAACCUAAAUUACUAUGGCAUUUAUAGACCAACAGAAGUAGGAAAAGCAACAGGAACUUCAGGAAUCUUAAGGGCAUUUCUGUCAACGUGUGUUGAGAUGAUCAUAACUAAAUUUUGUACAUUUAAAUCUCGUCGAAUUCGGCAUUAAUAUCAGACUGCUGACAUAGCAGAGCAGCAUGCUUUCAGCUCACAAUCAUUAGCUUGUUCAUCUUUAUAGUCUUUCGAUAUUUGUGCACUACAAUAAUGCUCAGAUACCUUUUUAUAAUCCAUAAACACAUAGGAUUCU